AUGGACAGCACUGAUGAAAAUUGCGUUUAUUGGCACAGAAAUAGAAACCUACUAAUUUCCACGCUUAUGGUGCUUUUGGUUUCAAGCAUGACGAUAGUGAGAUUCACGGCUGAAGGGAGAAGCAUUCCCAAGUUAGUUGAAGCAGCUCAAGAAGGGAGAGCAGAGAAGAAAUGGGUAAGGAUAUUGGCGAGAGGUCAGAUAGGGUCGAGGCCGCCAAACUGCGAGAAGAGGUGCAGCACUUGUGGGCACUGCGAGGCAGUUCAGGUCCCGAUUGUCCCACGAGUGAAAAGGCAGAGGAGAAUCCCAUUAAUCUCUGAUGCAAGUCAUGCAACCGGCCACGGUACUACUAUUGCAUACUCCAGAGAUGGCGUCUCCAACUACAAGCCUAUGUGCUGGAAGUGCAAGUGCGGCGACUUCAUUUUCAAUCCUUGA